AUGGAUUCAAGUGCGAGAGGGAAUACGGACUCCAAGGCUGAAUUUCGUAAGCCGUCGAAUGAUGCAGCUAAUAGGAAGUACCGGCGUAGAUCUCCGGUGGCUGGGUCGCCAUCACCAUCAGAUGGGAGUCCACCACGUGACCGCAGCUUGAGUCCAGUCCCGUGGAGAAAGGAUAUUACAAAAGUUGCUGAUGUUGAACAAAAAAGGGACGAUAGUAGGAAUUGGAUGUCUAGGAGCCAUCACAGGCGUGAUGACCAUAUUAGGCGCGAUAGACGUGAGGAUGAUUAUGAUCGAGGAUAUUCCAAGCACUCCUACCGUUCUAGCCGGGACUUGCGAGACAACAAUAACUCAAAUUACUCAAGGUCUGAUAGAGAGCACCCGUCUAGACAUUACGUGAAAGAUGUAGACACAUACUCGCGUGCAAAAUCUGAGGGUUUGGGACAUAGAAGUAAGGAUAAUGACUCAUAUGAUAGGGGUGAUCGGUAUGGAAAGACGGACUAUAGAAAGAGUUCCAUUGAUCAUAAAGGUGAUCGUUCACCUGCUUAUGAAGAAUCAAGAGCCCAGAGAAAUGAUUAUUAUUCACGAAGGGACAGUUCUGGGCAUCGUUUGAAAGAAUCCUUUUCAAGAGACUACAAUGAAAUUGAUUCAAAUGAUGAAAAGAGCCGUGUAGAUAUGGGUUCUCAUAAGGUGCAAAUUAAUAGAGAUACAAAGGAGAACCCUGGCAGUAUGUCCGAUAAAGGUGAAGAGGCUGUCGCUAAGAAGCCGAAGACUUUAGGCCCUGAUACAAGUGCUGCUGGACGAGAUGGUCCUCCUGAGAAGGCUUAUGUGAUGGAUUCUGAUAUUGAUGCUGCAAAAGUUGCUGCUAUGAAAGCUGCUGAAUUAGUUAACAAGAACUUGAUUGGAACUGGAUGCAUGACUGCUGAUCAAAAGAAAAAGCUUUUGUGGGGCAACAAGAAAAACACUUCUACGGAGGAGCCUGCCCACCGUUGGGACACAACAAUGUUUGGCGAUCGCGAACGACAAGAAAAAUUCAACAAACUCAUGGGCGUGAAGGUGGAGUCCAAGGUGGCGGCCAAGCUGGACGAUCCAGAUGUCGAGAAGCAGAGGGAGCAACUUCAGAUGGAGUUGGAAAGGCAGUACACGGCCGGGUUGCGCCGGCGAGACGGCCGGACUGUUGGGCUCGGCCUAUAA